AUGAGGUUGUCAAGGAUAAUUUUGACAUGUAUGCCUUUAAUGCCAGGCUUAACUCAGGCUAUUACACCGAAUUCAGAAGUGUACGAAGUGGACAACAAAGAAGAAAGAUCAUUAGAGGACAUAUAUGAGGAUUUUCUGCUGAUUGUUGAUUCGCAAGUCAACAAAAGAAGUGACAGUUCUAGGGUUGAUCAGUUGGAGCAAAUUCUCUUAAAAGUAAAUGAGUCAGGAAUAAUAAUGGAUGUUUUGAAUGAGAUUGCUGGUUCUAAGGCUGAACAGAAUACCUUGGUCAACAUGACCACAGAUAUGAUCAAGAAUGGGGGUGGAUCAUUCGACGGUAUUCAGAUAGAAUUCAACAAAACUAAUAUACUUAAUGCUGUGAAAAGUUCAGGUAUAAUAAACUCAACACUUGACGGCUUGCUUUUGAACGACCAAAAUAGAGAAAUUCUUGCAGAUCGUACGGGGCAUGUUCUCAGCAAAUAUGCCUACGUAUCCAAAAUAUUGGCAGACAUAGGAAAUGGUCAAGAACCAACUGUUGAAUAUAUUGCAAAUACAGUCAAACACUACAAAACCAAGAAUCCUAAAUACCAAUACAUGAACGAGGGUAAGCAAAUUAUUUUAGGUGCUAGGGCUGAUGACUAUUCUGGAUCAGCUCAGACAUUCUUAAACAAUCUUAUCAAUACAGUUGUGAGUUCUGAUUUAGUGUCAGGUUCUGCAGAGGAUUUUUUGAUUGCAUUAAACAGAACAGGAAUCGCUGUGUCUAUUGCAAUGCAGGUUGUAGAAACUCCUAAAAUCACAGAAAUGGGAACGUACAUUAUCGGCCAGUUAUAUGCUAAUGGUGUUUUUGACAAUCUUGACACCAAUAAAUAUUUUCAAGAGGCUAAAAAGAAAAAUAUUUUAUCCGACAGUUUACAAAAAGUUUUAACAGACCCAACAUAUUCACCUGCAUUAGCAAAGAUUUUUAAGCAAAUGGAAGACAACGGUGUCUUCGUAGAUAUCCAAAAGAAUCUUUACGGCCAUACGUGA